CAUUUCACCCCUGGUUAUACUUCAUCAAAAAAGAGAACUUUUCUUUCCAAUCAGCCUCCAGCCUCCAUUUUGUUUCCAGUGCCUUUCUCCCAUAUUGGAUCUGGACCUGGAUAUUUCUUCCAACAUCAUUAUAUUAUCUUCCUGAACCUGGUGUCUUCCAGCUAUUUUGGACUCCCUGUCUGGAAAAUGAAGACCUAAGAAUUAUAAGAACUGAAAAUCAACAAAUCUGGAGAAAGCUGGCCAGUCAUUCUCCUUGGUGAGUCACAACAAAAUGCUUGCCCAUGAAGGUACAAUGGCUCUUCACCACAAUACCACCAAGGUGACAGAGUUUAUUCUCCUGGGCUUCACUUCUGAACGAAACCUUCAGCUCCUCCUCCUCAGCUUUUUCUUCCCCAUCUACCUCCUUAGUGUGGCAGGGAAUCUGGGUCUAGCUAUUCUUAUCCGAGCUGACCGUGCCUUGCACACACCCAUGUACUACUUUCUAAGCCACCUGGCCCUGAUGGACCUAUGCUCCUGCUGCACUGUAGCCCCCAAAAUGCUCUUGGGGCUCUUGAAAGGUUGUGACACCAUUCCCAUCCCAGCCUGUGCCCUUCAGAUGUUCAUUUUUGCAGCUAUCUCAGAUGCCGAAUGUUGUCUCUUGGCAGUCAUGGCCUACGAUCGGUAUGUGGCCAUCUGCCGCCCAUUGCACUAUGGAACUGCCAUGCCACAGCAUCUCUGUCAUCUCCUAGUAAUUGCUUCUUAUGCAGCAGGGAUGACCUCUGCAGCAAUCCAUUCCAGCAUGGCAUUCCGCCUGCCUUUCUGCAGUGCAAAUACUUUGGACCAUUUCUUCUGUGAUAUCCCUCUAGUUCUGGCUUUGGCUUGUGCAGACACACAAAUUAACCAGCUCUUACUCUUAGUAGUGUGUGGAACUAUCCAGAGCAUCACCCUGUUGACCAUUACAGCUUCCUAUGGAAUUAUCCUCUGGACUGUAGGACGAACAGGAUCAUUUCGAGCUAUGUCCACCUGUGGAUCUCACCUUACAGUUGUGGGGGUGCUUUAUGGUACCCUUCUUUUCAUGUACCUACGGCCUGAUGAUACCUAUGCUCCACAAACAGACAAGAUGACUUCUGUCUUCUACACAGUAGCCAUACCUACUCUUAACCCUGCCAUAUAUAGUCUUCGUAACACUGAGGUCAAGCAGGCAGUCAAGAAGAGGCUCAGCAAGAUAUGUCAUCAAACAUAAAAACAGCACAAAUAUAA